AUGAGUGAAAUUAGUAAUAAUUAUCAAACUGGAGGGAAACAUCUCACUAAAGAAGAAAUAAAACUCAGACUUGCCAAAAGAUUGUGUUAUAUUUUACGUUAUGGUGCUAUCAAAUCCGGUCUGCGGGUAACUGAAAAUGGUUUUGUAGAUCUUAAAGAACUCAUAAAAUUACCAAUGUUAAAAUGGCAUUCUGAAGACGAGAUAUUGGAAGAAUUAAAAAAUUCAAUUUCAGUUAAAAAUGUCAACAGAUUUGAAGUAUUGGAGCAGAAAAAUAGCAUUUUAGUUAGAGCAACCUAUGCAAGGAAUUUUGAAAAGAGAAGUUGUUUUGUUGAGAAUGAAGAGAAAGAUUCAAUGGUAGACUCGUUAUUUGAGAAAUCUCUACAGACUAUUAUGGAUAAUUUAGAAGAGUAUGAUUUGACUGACUUCCCUGAUGAAUACAUUAUAAGUAUGAUGAUAUAUCGAUUGAAAAUUCGCAAGAAGUUAACCAUGAAAAAUUUACGGAUAUUACUGGUGCCUACUUUAGAACAUAUGGAUCUGGAGGGUUUAUAUCUAACUGAAAAUAUCAUAAAAUUAUUGUGUAAAAACUGUCCAUAUUUAAAAGAACUAAAUUUAAAACAUUGUGGCUAUAUUAUCACCGAUACUUCACUACUACAAAUAUUAAAGAAAUUGCCUGAACUUCAAACGCUCAACUUGGCAUUCUGUGAUCAUCUAACAGACAGUUGUCUAAAAUCACUG